AUGGCUCCCAAGAUCGCUAUCGUCUUCUACUCGAUGUACGGCCACAUCAAGCAGCUGGCCGAUGCUGAGAAGGCCGGUAUUGAGAAGGCCGGCGGUACUGCCGACCUGUUCCAGAUCGAGGAGACUCUUUCCGAGCAGGUCCUCGGUAAGAUGCACGCCCCGGCCAAGAGCGACGUUACUGUCCUCUCGGACCCCGCGACCCUCGAGGGAUACGACGGCUUCCUGUUCGGCAUCCCGACCCGCUACGGCAACUUCCCGGCCCAGUGGAAGGCCUUCAUCGACAAGACGGGCGGCCAGUGGCAGAAGGGCGGUUUCGCCGGCAAGUACGGCGGCUUCUUCAUCUCGACGGCCUCGCAGGGUGGCGGCCAGGAGGCCACGGCCAUCGCCGCCAUGUCGACCUUUGCCCACCACGGCAUCAUCUACGUGCCCCUGGGCUACGCCAAGGCCUUUGCCAUCCAGACGGACCUGACCGAGGUCCGCGGCGGCUCCCCCUGGGGCGCCGGCACCUUCGCCGGCGGCGACGGCUCGCGCCAGCCCUCGGAGAAGGAGCUGGAGCUCGCCAGGAUCCAGGGCGAGACCUUCUACCAGACCGUCGCCAAGGCCAGCUCAUAA